UGCUUUGGCCGUAAUGUGACGUAAUCACCGCGCGACUCGACGAGUGUCAACUUUCCAAAGUUACACCCUCGAAACUUGCUAUAAAUCAUUUAAAAACGGAGGAUUGAACCAACUUUAUGUGCUUUAGUAAAGGAGGGUGGGACACCUGAUCCCAAAGGCAGGCCGACGAGGUGCCUAAUAUCCGGGGGACGUGACUUCCGGGUUGUUCGUCCGGAGAGCAGCUCAAAGGAGAAGUACCGUAAAGAAGAAGAACGGUGACCAACAUGUCUCUGCUCCUGGACAACCGAUUCUGCGAGCUGCCCACAGACAACUCCGUCAACACCAAACUCUUCUUGGAGACCGUCUCGCACCUUCCGUCCUUCUUCGACUGUUUGGGCUCCAAAGUGUUCUCACUCAUCAAGUCAGACAUUAAUGGCAACAUCACGAAAAUUAAAGAAGUGUAUGUGAAGGAUCCGCAGAGGUACGUCACCCUGCAGCACAUCCUGGAGGCCGAGCGGCAAGACCUGGCGGCCGAGUGGCCCAAAGCGGGAGCCACACUGGCUCUCAUGUGGCUCAAGAGGGGUCUCCGUUUUAUCCAAAUCCUGCUGCAGAGUUUGGUGGACGGCGAGAGAGACCUGAACCAGCCCAACCACAUACGCAUCAACGUGACCAAAGCCUACGAACAGGCGCUCAAGAGAUACCACGGGUGGUUUGUGCAGAAGAUUUUCAAUACGGCGCUGUACGCGGCUCCCUACAGGUCCAACUUCCUCAAGGCGCUGUCGAAAGGAGAGGAUGUGAAAGAGGAAGAGUGUCUGGAAAACGUGCGUCACUUCCUGGUCAACUACGCCGCCACCGUUGACGCCAUUCACGAGAUGUACGCGCGCCUCGACGCGGAGCUAGACUACACAGUUUGAUGUUGGAGGACUGCGUGGCGUGAUUUAUGUACCUUCCACGUUUGCGUUUUAUUUAUUUCGUUUUUGUUUUUGCCUGAUGACAUUAUCUGUGAAGCCUUACACUUGAACGAGUGUUACAUUUGUGUGUGUUUUCAAUGCAUCUCUCGCGUGCUGUUUUUUUAACAUGAUGUCAUAAAUACAACUGGUGCCUUAAUGUGGCUGGACUGGACCAAUGGACAAUGUUGUAAAUAUGUAUUUACUGGAAAAUAUAACAAUGGCAUUAAAAUUUUCCUAAAAGUG